GGAAAGGGGAAGCCUGCUGGGAGCUGGAAGAGAAGAAGAAGAGGAAGGAAGAAGCAGCAUCACUACAACAUCCCCUCUAGAGCCUCUUUAGCCGUCUGUGUCUGACCUUUAACCUUAUGGACUAGAUUCCUCCGCAGGUGAAUUCUUCAGUGUGGGAUCACUUAUUUUUUUUCUUUGUUUUCUCAUCAAGAUGCAGGCACACUUGGCGUGCAUGCUUCUCCUCUGUUUCACGUGUGGUGGACUUUGUACAGACGUCGACCAGGAUCAGCGAGCACUGGAAGAGGAGCUACUCGGCAGUCUCUUCACUUCUAAGAUGAAAGAGAAUAAGCAGAGUGCCCCCUACUGGCGUGUGUCGCUGGUCAACCUGUGCAGGAUGGUGAACAGCCUGCGGCAGGAGGGGUGGAACGGCGAGGAGGAGGAGGAGGAGGAGGGCGGCGAGCUGAGGGAGGGGAGCCUCCAGCUGCACGAGGAGCUGUUCAACCUGCAAAUCAUCUGCCGAGCACUGCAGAGCCGGGGGGAGAGGCUACUCCGUGACUCUCAAGAAUAUUUAGAGGAGAACAGAGACACUCCGCUGAAACGAAAAUCACCCUACAUCCUGAAGAGGCAAGCGGCGCGUACCACCAAGUCCCGGAGGCCGUACAUCUUGAAACGGAGUACAAUUUACUGACAACCAUCCCAGAGGUGACGUCUAAGAGGACCACUUUCUGUGAAGAUGUGAUUGUGGGGUUUUUUUCUCUCUUCUUGUAGCUGCAAUGUUUGUUUGUUUUUCUUUCUUUUCCCGUUGUUGUUUUGAACCAGUCAGACCCUUCGAUUGUAUGUCCAGCAUUGAGGCCUGCCUGUAUUCUGCUCCUGUCAAGUAUAGGUCCUGAAAAUAAAAUCCUGAGCAUCAAGCAAAAUGUGCAUUUCUGAGAAACUAUAUUUAUUUACUCUAUUUCUUCACUGCACUCUGAGUCCAUUUUGUUUCAAGACAAACGAUUAAAGG